CCUCUUGUCUCUCCACCUCGGCACGCUCUCACUCUGAGCGCUUCACUUCUUGAACUCCUCAAGGGUGUCAUCAGUCUCUCCAGAACUCCUCGCUCACUGGAGGGUGUGGGUGACUUGAGUGCCAGGAAAGCUUUGAAUAACAGAGAGAGAGGGGAGAAAUAAAAGGAAUAAGCCCCACAAGCCCUCAGUCUUCCAGCAGCAAAGAGAAGACAACGGAAUAACCAUGCCUGAGCCAGUCCCUCAAGCUAAACCAGCGGGGGAGGCUAUACCACAGCCAGGAGAAGAUGAGUUACCCCCUGCAGAUGGAGUUUCGUUUGCUUCCUUGUCUGCAGCAGAGUCAGACGCUGAUGGGGAUGAGCCUGCGUCCACUGAGCUGACUGGGCUCUUCGUGGAGAAGCCACCAGAUAAUGUAGUCGCUGUCGCAGGAAAGGACAUCACUUUCAUAGCCAAGGUCGACUCGAGCACCCUGACAAGAAAACCCACCAUGAAGUGGCUGAAGGGCAAGUGGAUGGACCUUGGCAGCAAGGCUGGGAAACAUAUGCAGUUUAAGGAAACCUAUGACAGAAAUACCAAGAUCUAUACUUAUGAAAUGAAGAUCAUCAAAGUGGUCGCCGGAGACGCUGGCGGCUACAGGUGUGAGGUGACGGCAAAGGACAAGUGUGACAGCUCCACUUUUGAGAUCUCUGUUGAAGCUGCACAGCAGGAGGAGCAGGCGGAUAUUUUGUCUGCCUUCAAGAGGGCGGAUGCUGGAGAGGAUGAGGGAGACCUAGAUUUCAGUGCUCUGCUCAAAGCCACUAAGAGGAAGAAGAAACCUGAAAAAGAGGUACCCGAAAUAGAUGUGUGGGAAUUGCUUAAGAAUGCCCAUCCGAGCGAAUAUGAAAAAAUCGCCUUUGAGUAUGGCAUCACUGACCUGAGGGGAAUGCUGAAACGUCUGAAAAAGAUGAAGGAGGUCGUGCCCAAGCAUAGCGAGGCUUUCCUGAAGAAGCUCGAAUCCUGCUACUCGGUGGAAAAGGGCAAGAAAAUUGUCCUGUCGUGCGAAGUGGUUGAUCCAAAUGUCCAGGUCAAAUGGUUGAAGAAUGGCCAGGAGAUCAAACCAUCAGCCAAGUAUGUCAUGGAGUCAAACGGGAAUAUCAGAACACUCACCAUCAAUAAGACGACCCUGGCCGAUGAUGCUGCGUAUGAGUGUGUGGUUGGAGAGGACAAGUGUUUCACAGAGGUGUUUGUCAAAGAGCCCCCGGUGACCAUCACCAAACUCAUGGACGACUACCAUGUGGUUGUGGGAGAAAGAGUGGAGUUUGAGAUUGAGGUGUCAGAAGAAGGCGCUCAUGUCAUGUGGUACUUUGAGGAUCAAGAGCUUCACAAAGAGAAAGAUUCCACAAAGUAUCGCUUCAAGAAAGAUGGAAAGAAACACACUCUUAUCAUUCAGGAGGCUACGCUGGAAGACAUUGGAAUGUACCACGCCUGGACAAAUGGGGGGCACACCAAAGGAGAGCUGGAGGUGGAAGAAAAGGAACUGGAGGUGUUGCAGGACAUCGCUGAUCUGACAGUCAGGGCAACAGACCAGGCUAUGUUCAAGUGUGAAGUGUCUGAUGACAAGGUCACAGGAAAGUGGUACAAAGAUGGAGUGGAGGUCCUGCCAAGCGACCGCAUCAAAAUGACUCAUAUCGGAAGGUUCCACCGACUGACUAUUGAUGAUGUGAAGCCGGAGGAUGCCGGAGACUACACAUUUGUUCCAGACGGAUAUGCUCUGUCACUUUCUGCCAAACUGAACUUCUUGGAAAUUAAGAUCGACUAUGUGCCUAGACAAGAUCCUCCAAAGAUCCACCUGGACACCACUGGAAACAUGGUCUCCCAAAACACCAUCAUCGUGGUGGCAGGAAACAAGCUCCGUCUGGAUGUGGAGAUCACAGGAGAGCCAGCACCUACUGUGGUCUGGUCCAAAGGAGAUAAACCAAUCACGGACACUGAAGGGCGCGUGAGAGUGGAGUCCAGGAAGGACCUCAGCUGCUUUGUCAUAGAGGGGGCAGAAAGAGACGAUGAGGGCAACUACACCAUCUGUGUUACCAACCCUGCUGGAGAGGACAAGGCUGUGCUGUUUGUGAAGAUUGUAGAUGUGCCUGACCCCCCUGAGAAUGUCAAAUGUACGACAGUGGGAGAGGACUGUGCCACUAUCGUUUGGGAGCCUCCUAAAUUCGAUGGUGGUGCACCAAUCAAAGGUUAUCUCAUGGAGAGGAAGAAGAAAGGCUCCUCCAGAUGGACAAAGCUCAACUUUGAUGUUUAUGAAUCCACUACUUACGAGGCUAAGAGGAUGAUUGAAGGAAUUCUGUAUGAGAUGAGGGUGUUUGCUGUCAACAGCAUCGGCUUGUCUCCGCCGAGCCUCAACUCCAAACCCUUCAUGCCUAUUGCCCCAACUAGCGAGCCAACGCGCCUCACAGUCCACGAUGUGACAGAUAGCACAUGCAGCCUGAGGUGGCUGGCCCCAGAGAGGAUUGGAGCUGGGGGCCUGGACGGCUACGUUAUUGAAUACUGCAAGGAAGGAGACACCGAGUGGGUGGUGGCAAACCAGGAACUUUGUGAGAGGCAGGGAUUUGUGGUGCGUAACCUCCCCGUGGGAGAAAAGAUCAACUUCAGGGUGGUGGCAGUAAACAUCGCUGGACGCAGUCCUCCUGCUACGCUGUCACAGCCCGUCACCAUCCGGGAGAUCGUUGAACAUCCAAAGAUCCGCCUUCCUCGCGAGUUGAGAACAAAGUACAUCAGGAGAGUUGGAGAAAAGAUCAACUUGGUAGUCCCUUUCCAGGGUAAACCACGCCCCGUCGCAACCUGGUACAAGGAUGGUCAACCCAUUGACCCCAAGAUGGUCAACGUCCGUAACUCGAAUGUGGACAGCAUCGUGUUCAUUCGCUCAGCAGAGAGAGAGCACUCCGGAAAAUAUGAGCUGGUUCUACAGAUUGAGAACAUGGAGGACAGGGCCACCAUUGAAAUCAGGAUUGUUGAUAAACCUGGGCCUCCUCUGAAUGUGAAGGUGACGGACGUCUGGGGCUUCAAUGCAGCUCUGGAGUGGGAGCCCCCCAAGGACAACGGCAACUGUGACAUUACUGGAUACACCAUCCAGAAAGCAGACAUGAAGACCAAGGAGUGGUUCACCGUUUAUGAGCAUAACAGACGGGCAAACUGCACAGCUUCCGAUCUGAUCAUGGGCAACGAAUACAUGUUCCGCGUCUACAGUGAAAACCUUUGCGGCCUGAGCGAGGAGCCGCGACACAGCAAGAACACGGCUGUCAUUGCCAAGACAGGUCUGGAGUACAAACCAAACCCCUACAAGGAGAAAGAAGUGUCCUGUGUGCCCAAGUUUACUCAGCCCCUGGUGGACAGAUCUGUAGUGGCCGGUUACAGCACCGCCAUCAGCUGCGCUGUCAGAGGCUUCCCCAAGCCUAAGAUUACCUGGAUGAAGAACAAAAUGAUCAUUGGUGAGGAUCCCAAGUACUUGAUGCAGAACAACCAAGGAGUGCUGACCCUGAACAUUCGUAAGCCGAGCACCUUCGACGGAGGAAAAUACUCGUGCAUGGCUGUCAACGAGCUGGGCAAGGAUGAAGUGGAGUGCAAGUUGGACGUCCGAGUUGCCGUAGACCCGGAGAAGAAGUGAGAAACCGAACAGCGAAGAAUGUGAAGUUAUACGAACAGUGAAUGUCACUGUGUAGAGUCGACACUGUCACAAGUGAAUUAAAUAAAAUGUAGUCAUGCCUGCUAAAAAAUGUUUGAAUAUAAU